AUGGAUAUAAUAAGGAAAUGUAAACUCCAACGAGCAUGGAACGAAUUUCUCUUGGAAAACCGUUCUCCACUUGAAGUUCUUUUGCAGUUUAGCUAUUUAUCAUCUGAGCAAUGUGUUCAGUUUCUUGCUCUUUAUUUAAGUGACAACACAAUUCGUGAAAACAAUGAAUUUCAACUGAUCAACCAAGAUUAUGCAAACAUUUAUCCGUUCGAUCAACCAGAAGUUUCUGUCAAUCCGCAAGCAAUGGAAAAUGAAAUUAUCAACUCUGAAAGCGAUAAUGAUGUAGGUGAAGAUUCUUCAGAUGAAGAACUUGUUGGUGAUGUGAGAAAUCAGGGUAGCAUGUGCUGCAUUUGUCGGGAAACUGCAUCUACUAAUUGCUUUGUGCCCUGUGGACACUUAGCUAUUUGUGACACUUGCAAGGAGACCUAUUCCGAACAACCUCAACAAACAUGCCCAAUGUGUUGGCCAUUACUUUACGUUUUCUGGCAACAGGAGACACAUAUUCAAGUUUACAAUAUGUAUUUCGGAUUUCAAAACAGUCGAUUGGAAGAAUAG